GAGAGGCGGGAGGCGGGAAGCGGAAGGGGAAGCGGAAGCCGAGCGAGCCGAGGGAGCACGACGAAAUCCUAGGGUUCUUCGGUAGCCUUGGUGCCCCCGCCCGGUGCCGGAGAGGACCGAGCAGUCGAGUGAGUCGGAAUUAUGGCGCCGAGGGAUGAGCAUGAGCAGGAGGGUCAGCAGUGGGCGAAGCUCGAGCCGCGCGGGUUCGCUUGCGCUGCUGGGUCGGAGGAGGUCGAAGGUCCAAGGCACUGCCCGACGCUUUGAGGAGUGUCGUCUGAUGCUCGAUGCCGGCGAAAGUGCGAGCAUUUUGUUCCUUGCGUGCUCCUUCUUGGCCGUCAUUGCCGUCGGAGGUGGUGGUGGCAGCAGCAGCAGCAGCAGCAGCGGAUCGCACUUCUGGACCUCGAGGUGCUGGUGGUGCUCCCCACGGAGCUCUCUCGGGAGAAUGAAGACCUGACGCAGGUAGUGUGGUCAUUAGGGUAGGAUAGGGUAGGGUAGGGUAGGGCAGUGCAGGUCGAAGCUCGGCAUUUGGAAGCAGGGAGACGAGAGUCGGAGGUUUUGGCAGCAGGGCCCGCUCGAAUAAUUGUGUAGUCUUGAAGUGGAUAGAGGAGAGGGGAAAGGGGUUGCCAGAAAAUUAGGGUGGAAAGAAUGGCACGUGCAGCUGGAACGAAGGGCGAAAUGUAACGACGUUGGGGUGCGCGGAGGAAUUUAUUUUGUGGCUGAGCGAAAGAUCGGUGAAUGUGGAACUGAUCGCGUGAAGCCAUGGAGGUGACUGUGGCGAGCAGCGAUGCUACCGUAUGGACGGAGGUAGCAGUACCGGCAACAACUGGGUCCAGUGCGUUUUUGGGUGCACUGGCCGAUUUUCCUUCGGAGGGCUUAGGGGGCAUGGGUUUAAGACCUCCGACGACGCAGGCUUUGGGCACGAGCCCUUAUCUUGUGUGGAGAAUUAGCGAAGAAUCUCCGAAAACUCUCGAGCUCAUGGAGCUGUCGUGUGACAAGGCGGUGCGCAACACCGGUCUGCGACUCGCGUUUCAGUAUCCGCUGUGCCCAUUUGCCAGCGUGACUCUGUCUUCUGUCCGCAGCAGUCAGUGGUUCAUCUACGAAGUCAUAGCGAUUACUGUCACCGGUGUUCUUUACACCAUUUUUUUGAAAGUAGCCAGGUCUACUCACAGCAGGUUUGGGAUGUCCAAACAGAGCGUGUCGGAGCGAGAUUUGUCCUCUGAGCUCUCGAGCUUGCGCAAAGUCACGUGUUUUGCUGCCACUUCGGAUAUUCUCUGUAUUGGAGGUCAGAGUGGCACCGUCAUUUGUAUACACAUUGGCACCAAGGCGGAAGGUCGCGAAGAUCAGGUGUUCGAGCUGAAGGAUUUGGAAAGUGGGCUCAGUCGGUUGUGGGGAGGUCUGUCGUUCCGGGGCAAGAAUGCGGCUGCUGUCAAGUGCCUGGCAAUCCAGCAGGUUUCGGGAGCGAGUCUGCUUCUUGUUCUGCACGAAGAUGGAGGCUUGAAAGUUUGGGACUUGGUGCAGCACAGUCGCCAGUUCCAUCAAGUUGUUGCACCUCCAGAAUUAACUACCUCAGUGCCUAAGAGGAUUUGGGUUGAGGACACUUACGUUCUUGGUGAAGGCCUCAAAAUUGCCCUGCUCUAUGGCGGAAAUUCGCUGGAGUCUGACAAGGCUGCAGCGGUUCUUGUUUGCACGCUGCAUUUGGUCCACGCCGAGGGCGGCAUAAGGUUGACACAGCUGACUUUGCAGAAAACGUUUUAUGUGGGCCAAGGGACUGUUCUAGCCUGCAAGUUGCUCCAGGGUGCUGUGUGGGUUCUUCAGAAGAGCAUCCAAGGCGAGUGCCAGUUGCUAUCUGCGUCGUUGGAAUCCACUUUACCAUUGAGAAGUUGUCGCCUCCAGGAAUCUCUAGUGGAAGAACAGCUAUUGCAAGGGUCGAGUGAUGCCUGUGACGACCUCCUCUUCUCUCUUAACCACAUUGGUUUGGACUCCUCCGAAAUGGUUAACGAUUCGGUUCCUUCUCUGUUCCUGAGAAGGCUGUUGCAGCCUGGUGUUCGCCAGCAUGCUGCCCUGAAGGACGUUCUGCAAAUGCGGAGGAGACAUCUGAGUGAUAUUGAGAUCGGAUCUCUAACUCUAGAGGGAUUGCGGAAGGAGAUAAAGGCUUCCAUCAACGUUGAAACCUCCAACUGCAGGAGGUACCUGCAGGAGUGGAUCCACUUCAGUAGCAAUUACGUGGAAUCUUGGAAACGUAACAAUUCUCCUUACGGGUUGUUCACCGAUGCUUCCACUGGAUCGGUCGGUUUAAUACGAAAGAAUUCAGUUUCAGUAGUUCGGUCUUUGACUCACCUUGAGCAGCUGGUUAGUAAGCGAACCUUCUCUAAUCCUGAAGAUUCCACCCUUCUCUUACCUGACAACUGGGAGGAGAUUCCUAGUGACCCCCUGGUGAUAAGUAGCCUUCUGCGAUGUAUGGAAAGCCUAAGCAGACAUUUGGGCAAUGCGGCUCUUGGGGUGUUUCACGAAGCUUUAAUGCGACCAGAAGUUUACCCACUGCAGAGCCUGAUCCAAAGCGUCGUGCUUAUACUCGACGUAGGAUACAAUCCGUUGGACACUGCUCAGGCGAACCUGGAUUUUGGUGUUGAUGAGAUCCGGGCUAAGGUGCAAUCUCUUAAUCAGCAGCAAAGGAAAUUCUCGCUGCAUAUGUCGCAGUCACUGCAUCGCUUGCGAGGUUUGGCAGGUAGCUGGGAGGCAGUAUUGGAUGCCGUCUGCAAGUUUUCACAGUACCUGGUGUCUUCUGUUCAGUCGGCUGGCUCAGGGUCCAAUUCUAUUUCUGUUCCUUUGGGAAGCGUUCCCACCAAAAUGCUCAGUCAUGCAAGUUCUCAAAUAUCUUGGACUCAGUUUGAGGCAGCACGCAAUCUCCUGCUGCUCCUCUCUUAUCUCGUGAAGGUUCAAGGUCAGGUUGGGCUCACAUCUCGCGAUGUUACCCGAAUCCAACUUGAAAUUUUACCUCAGGUACAGGAAGGGUUGGCCGUUAGCUUUUUACUGCACUGGCUGACGGUGAGCUUUGCCGAAGUCCCUCCGUCAGAGGAUUGCAGUUUGCAGCUCUCCUCUCUGCAGAUUGAUGGCACCCGAGGAGAGAAGGUUCAGCCGGAAAGGUUGGGUGCUGGCGAACUAGCUCUUGCGGAGAUACUGGCGGCGGCCUUCUUGGAGACCACCCAGACGCAAGAGAACUUUAAAACGGAUACGUUACCAGGUCCAGAUGUGUUUCACAAUCACGUACGGCGAUUCGUAGGCUGGCUCCUGGCGGGUGAAAAUUCAGAUGCUUACCCUCGGACUUUCUCAGGCCGAGCCAUUACUCUGUCAUCCAUUCUUCUCGAGCAUGGCCAGUACAGUAAUCUGGAGAACUUCCUGUACGCGGUAGAGCAGUUCUCUACGCAGCAACACCUUUCUGAAGGUGUGGCCAGUUUGAAUGGUGAAUGGAGUGCUCGACUACAUCUACUAGGCAUUUGCAGCUUGGCACGGGCUCAGUCUCUCCUCGAGAAGGAUACUAAGGAGAAACAUGUUGGAGACGCAAUCCAGUGUUUCUUUAGAGCUGCUUCAGGUCUUGGAGAGGCCAACAAGGUGUUACAGUCCCUCUUUUUCGUAACUGGGGCACAGCAGCAGCUACCAGGCCGCGGAGCAACCGCAGCUUGGAGGCUGCAGUAUUUUGAGUGGGUGAUGCAGCUGUUUGAUCAGUAUAAUCUUAGUGAGGGUGCCUGCCAGUUUGCUCAUGCUGCUCUGGAGCAAGUCGACGAAGCAGUUGGCGUUUCUGUUAUUGAGAACUCCGAGAGUAAUUCGAAUGCGGUGGGAGCUGCCAUAAAGGGCAGGCUUUGGGCCAAUGUCUUCAAGUUUUCUUUGGACCUGGAACUGUACAGCAAUGCGUACUGCGCAAUUAUCUCCAAUCCUGAUGAGGAGAGUAAGGAUAUUUGCCUUCGUCGAUUUAUCAUAGUGCUCUGUGACCAGAAAGCUACUAAAGCUCUGUGUAGCAACGAGCUGCCUUAUGGUGGUCUCUUGAGUAGAGUGGAGGAGGAGCUUGUUUUGAAGGCUGAGAAUUCGGAUUUGAGUGUCAAAGCGAACCUGUACAAGCUUCUAUACGCCCUUCAUAUUCAUCACCACAACGUAGCCCGUGCUGCAGGAUACAUGUAUCAGUACGCCCUGAGCAUCAGGGAGCAGGGCGUCCCGAAAUCUCGUGCACAUGCACUUUCUCUAUUCCAAGAGGAGCUCGAUGCUCUUGCGGCUGCUAUCAAUGCCUUGCAGCUGGUUGAACCUUUCCAUGGGAUUGUGAGCAGUGGAAUCGAAUGGCUGUCACCCACGAAGCGAAGGCGGGUUUCAAAUGACAUUGUUGCGAAGAGCAGAGCAAUUUUUUCAGGAGGCACUCAGUCUAUUGGGAAGAAGUCUCUUGAUUGUGACCAGCUUGUGAAGGAACACGCUUUUACUCUUGCUCGGGUGCAGCUCUUGCAUGCAGACUUAAAGCACACCUCAUUGGGAGCAGAUAUGCAGAUUUCGGACGUGGUCCUAUUACUUCUGCAACACGGAUUGUAUGAAAUGGCUUUCUCCCUAGUCUUCCUCUUCUGGAAGGAAUCAUCCCAAAAGCGGGAACUGGAAAGGGUGUUUGAGAUAAUGGCGAGGAAAUGCUGCACGCUUCAAAUGCAGCUGGGAUCUGCUGGGCCUCUUAAGUUCUCAGAGGAAUUUCAGCUCGCCUUAACUUUGCCUUCAGAUUCCUUCACAGAGGAUACUGAACAACCUAAUAAUCUAAGUCUGGAAGUCAGAUCUCAUACGAAACUACCGUUGAAUGCUGCUGCAAAGAGUGCAUGGGAAGCGUUGAAGUCCUCUUUGGAGAAGUAUGGCAACCACCACUCGAGUCUCAAAGCUGUUGUGGCGGAGACGAUUCUCUCAGUAGACAAGGAUAUGGAACUUCCCCUUUGGUUGAUCGAUUCCUUCAAAGACGGGAAAGACUCGAGAGGCAUGAGUGCGCCCAAUCGGCUGUCAGACCCAGCAGCACUCCUUCGAAUAUAUCUGGACUAUGGAAGAUAUGUAGAUGCGACUUACUUGCUGUUGGAGUACCUACAGGCCUCCACAAGGCUUAGGCCCAGUGAUGUUUUCAAACGAAAACAACCCUGUGGAGUUUGGUUUCCCUACACACUGGUGGACCGUUUGAUGCGCUGCCUAUCUGAGAUUCGCGCUUCAAGUCAAGCAGCAGAUCAGUUAGAGAGACUUCGUAAUUCUUUGCAGAAUGCCGUACUGCAUCAUUUUGACAGGAUUAGGAAGGACUCUGAUGAUCUCAGGGUUAUCGCCGAAGGUGAUACCGACGGAUCGUGGAAAGGCUUUUCUACAUAACGACCGUAAGAAACUGUUGGUGACAAUUUUCACGAGUUUGGGAAGCCGUCACGAUGUUUUAGCGUCGUGAUCAACUGCAGCAAAGUACUUCAGAGCACCCAACUCCCUGCGAAUGCGGCUACUCCCAGCACCUUACACCAGCAUUGAGCCCGAAGAAAUCUAGGUUUUGGAAGGGUCUGGAUCAUCUCAACUGGGACAUCUGCUCAGCAAAAAAGGGAGGGUGGCAGUCAGCAAAUCUUACUUCUGAGAAGCAUCAUCGGUUUACAUGCGUGUAACUCAUAUCUGCCACGGCUUCUGGCCGAGCGAGCUGCUCCACCCUCACUUCUCCAGUCGCGAAGGUCAGCGGUUCCAUUUUAUGUAUCAAAAAGACUGAAGGCACAAGAAGCGCGGGGACAGGAGCAGGAAUUGAAAUUUUACACAAGAAAGUCACUCUCAAGAAUCAUGUCAUGCCCAAAAGUUUUGCAGUUUACCGCCUUGUACUAUAGGUCAACAGCUGUAGAUAGUUAGUGAGGGAAGGAGUAGGUUGGUGAGAUGAUUUGGUCACGAGAGUUUGGCUCUGUUCAGGAAAGAGCACUGACUAGACUGGAGUAUCAUGGUGAGCCGUGCAGAUUGUUCAGAAGAAUGUUGAACCCCGUCUUUCUGUAUUGAUCCUGGUCUCGGUUUCUGCAGUAGAUGUGACUAGGUGAUCUCAUUACUGGCCAUGAAGAGCUUGUGAAGGUCUGGUUCGACAGACUUGAUUGUACAACCCACAUGGGGAAAUCAUAGUAAUAUAUGUACAAUAUCUGAAUCAAGAAAA